GUGCCGGUGCCGCCCCCCGGCCGCGCCCGCCCCCUGGCUGCCUCGGCGCGGCGGCGGCGCGGCGGCGCGGCAGUGCCGGCAGGGCUAUGGCUGCGGAGGAGGUGCUGCAGGGUGCGGACCAUUACAAGAGCGAGAUUGAGCGGCUGACCCGGGAGCUCUCCGAGACGACUCACGAGAAGAUUCAGGCGGCCGAGUAUGGGCUGGUGGUGCUGGAGGAGAAGCUCACCCUCAAGCAGCAGUACGACGAGCUGGAGGCGGAGUAUGACGGCCUCAAGCAGGAGCUGGAACAGCUGAAGGAGGCAUUUGGACAGUCCUUCUCGAUUCACCGCAAAGUGGCUGAAGAUGGUGAAACUCGUGAAGAAACUCUCCUCCAGGAGUCUGCAUCAAAAGAAGCUUAUUACCUGGGGAAGAUUUUGGAGAUGCAGAAUGAGCUGAAGCAGAGCAGGGCAGUUGUCACCAAUGUUCAGGCAGAGAAUGAGAGACUCACUGCAAUUGUCCAAGACUUGAAAGAGAAUAACGAAAUGGUGGAACUACAAAGGAUACGAAUGAAAGAUGAAAUUCGAGAGUACAAGUUCCGAGAGGCGAGACUCCUGCAGGACUACACUGAGCUUGAAGAAGAAAAUAUCACUUUACAGAAACUGGUGUCCACACUGAAACAGAAUCAAGUUGAAUAUGAAGGCUUAAAGCAUGAGAUUAAACGAUUUGAGGAGGAGACAGUGUUGCUUAAUAGUCAGCUAGAAGAUGCCAUUCGACUGAAGGAGAUUGCUGAGCAUCAGCUGGAGGAAGCUCUGGAAACACUAAAAAAUGAAAGGGAGCAAAAGAACAAUCUGAGAAAGGAACUCUCCCAGUAUAUCAACCUCAGUGAUAGUAUGUAUAAUAACCAUAUUAAUAUAUCAGUAGAUGGAUUGAAGUUUGCAGAGGAUGGGGGUGAGCCCAACAAUGAUGAUAAAAUGAAUGGACAUAUCCAUGGGCCUCUUGUGAAACUCAAUGGUGACUACCGAACUCCGACGGGUAGGAAAGGAGAAUCUCUGCAUCCUGUCUCUGACCUCUUCAGUGAGCUCAACAUAUCAGAAAUACAGAAACUGAAGCAGCAACUCAUGCAGGUGGAAAGAGAGAAAGCCAUUCUCCUGGCCAACUUGCAGGAGUCUCAGACGCAGCUGGAGCACACCAAGGGAGCCCUGACUGAGCAACAUGAGCGAGUCCACAGGCUCACCGAGCAUGUCAAUGCUAUGAGGGGGUUGCAGAGCAACAAGGAACUGAAAGCUGAGCUUGAUGGUGAGAAGGGCCGAGACCCCAGUGAGGAAGCACAUGACUAUGAAGUAGACAUCAACGGCUUGGAGAUCCUAGAAUGUAAAUACAAAGUAGCUGUUACUGAGGUUAUAGACCUUAAAGCAGAAAUCAAAGCCUUAAAGGAGAAAUAUAAUAAAUAUGUUGAAAACUACACUGAAGAGAAGGCCAAGUAUGAGAGCAGAAUCCAGACGUAUGAUGAGCAGGUGACAAGCCUGGAGAAAUCAACCAAGGAGAGCCAGGAAAAGAUGGUCCACAUGGAAAAAGAACUGCAAAGGAUGACAAGCAUAGCAAAUGAAAACCAUAAUACUCUCAACACCGCCCAAGAUGAGCUGGUGACGUUUAGUGAGGAGCUGGCUCAGCUCUACCAUCAUGUCUGCCUGUGCAACAAUGAAACACCAAACAGGGUCAUGUUGGACUAUUACAGGCAAAGCAGAGUCACCCGCAGUGGGAGCCUGAAAGGACCAGAUGACCCUCGUGGUCUCCUUUCCCCACGGCUCGUGAGAAGGGGGGUGGCAUCACCUGUAGAAGCCAGGACCCCAACCGAGCAGGUGACAAAAGAGGCCACAGAGCCUGGCAAGGAACAGAGCCCAACAAAAACACCUACCAUUUCUCCUGUCAUCACAGCCCCUCCUUCUUCCCCUGUCUCUGACACCAGUGACAUCCGCAAAGAGCCGAUGAACAUCUACAACCUCAAUGCCAUCAUAAGGGACCAAAUCAAGCACUUGCAGAAGGCUGUCGAUCGGUCGCUGCAGCUGUCACGCCAGCGUGCUGCAGCUCGGGAGCUGGCUCCCAUGAUCGAUAAAGACAAGGAGGCCUUAAUGGAAGAGAUACUGAAACUGAAAUCACUCCUGAGUACGAAGCGGGAACAGAUUGCAACCCUGAGAGCAGUGCUGAAAGCCAACAAGCAGACAGCUGAAGUGGCAUUAGCCAAUUUGAAGAAUAAAUAUGAAAAUGAGAAAGCAAUGGUGACUGAAACCAUGACCAAACUACGGAAUGAAUUAAAGGCUUUGAAGGAAGAUGCAGCAACCUUCUCAUCCUUGAGAGCAAUGUUUGCAACCAGGUGUGAUGAGUAUGUCACACAGCUGGAUGAGAUGCAGAGGCAGCUAGCAGCUGCGGAGGAUGAGAAGAAGACCCUAAACUCUCUGUUGCGCAUGGCUAUCCAGCAAAAACUUGCCCUUACCCAGCGACUGGAGGAUUUAGAGUUUGACCAUGAGCAGUCCCGACGCAGCAAAGGCAAGCUUGGAAAGAGCAAGAUCGGCAGCCCUAAAGUAAGUGAGGAGGCAUCAGCCACCGUGCCAAGCAUAGACACUUUCCUCCUGCAUAGUCAGGGCCCACAGCAACCAAACUUACUGGUCAGCAGUGGCACUCAGAGGAAAAGACUAUUCUCACCUUCCCUUUGUGAUCAGAGCCAUCCCAGGACUUCAGGGACCUACCUCCAGAAAUUAUUAAGAGCCCCCCCUCAUCCUGCCUCCACAGAAUCAUAUCUUCUGAGGGGCCCCCCUUCCAUGAGUGAAUUCAUCCAUGGGCACCGUCUCAGCAAGGAAAAAAGGUUAACCGUGGCCAUACCAGAUUGUCAGCAGCCUGCUGCCUCCAUACCGCCACACGGCUCACAACUAGCCAGGGGGCCAGAUUGCCAGACUGUCAGUCCUAAUGCUCUUCCAGAAGAGCAGCCACAUUCCAGCUCUCAGUGUGCCCCUCUCAGCUGUCUCUCUAAGCCGCCUCCUUACCCCUAACCUUCAUAUGCAACGUAAGAAAAAAAUGUACACAGAGUGGAAUUCAUGCAACAAAGGUUGGGGUUGUUCCCUGCAAGCGGGUAGACAAUCCUGCCUUGUUGCUGCAUUGACAAGUCUGGAUUCAUAACCCCUGCUCUGUCAACUGAGGGAAGGUUGAGAAGAAGAAUGCAAAGCACAGAGCCCAACCUAUCAUGAAGACUUUUUAUGGUUCCUCUGAUUGUAUUCAAACUUUGCUAUCACAACUGAAGUGUAGUGAAAUUUAACAUCUGACAAAAAUGUUCCUUCAAGUUGCUUGGCUUUACCUCUGAAAUGAUGAGAGACUUAAGCCAAUGUUUUAAAGAGUAUGUUACUAAAAUCCUCCCCUCACAUCCUCUAAGUUCAGCCAUAGGAACCUGUUCAAAUUUGGGUUUUGUCAUUAACGGUAUGAUAUUUAUUUCUUACUUUAUUUGCACCAGAAUUUUGUGUUUCUAAAAUCUAGUCUUCU